GUACGGAACAAAAUCUUAUACCGAACCAAAAUAUUUGGUAAGGUAUCGGUACGAGCUAAAUACCAUACCAUGCUCACCCCUGCCUUCAGCUUAAAAUCUACCAGUUUGAUUAGGUUAUUGUGGGGAGUAAAAUGUGUGUUUUCUCGGGUUAAAACAAAUAUGGAGUAAAACCUGAGCAACACUCUAUAAAUUCCGUCUUGAGCUUCGGAAUUCUCUCCGCACAAUGGACAGAAAUCGCGACGUUGCAUUUACAUUCAACUCUGUCAAGCUCCCUCUACGACCAUGUCCUCCACGGUCCAGCACCCCCAACCAUCUACUCUCAAACAUCCACCUUGCUCUCUGCAAACUUCCCAAGUUCCCAAAUCCAUUUGCCCCAAACAUCAAUCCCCAAAGCGCACUCGAUAAAUUUCUGGAACUCACAUUUCAAAAACCCCUCAAGAGCUUCAAUUCCAACAAAAAAUCUCCGCUUCUCUGCUGCUCGUCGCUGUCCUUGACAUCGGAAACUGACGCCGUCUCGGUGGUGAAUCAGAAGGUGCCGCCAAAGAAUGCCGGGGAGGAGAGGGUUCUGGUAAGCGAGGUGUUGGUGAGGAACAAGGACGGUACGGAGCUUGAGAGGAAGGAUUUGGAGGCUGAAGCUCUCAAUGCGCUCAAGGUUUGCCGACCCAACUCCGCCCUCACUGCCAGGGAGGUCGAGGAGGAUGUGCAUAGGGUAUUUGGCAGUGGCUAUUUCUGCUCUUGCAUGCCCGUAGCGGUUGAUACAAGAGACGGGAUUCGGUUGAUUUUUCAGGUAGAACCAAACCAGGAGUUUCGAGGCUUGGUUUGUGAAGGAGCCAAUGUUCUUCCAACAAAGUUCGUAGAAAAUGCCUUUCGCGAUGGAUAUGGGAAAAUUGUGAACAUUAGACAUGUAGAUAAAGUGAUUAACUCAAUUAAUGGCUGGUACAUGGAUCGGGGCCUCAUUGGCAUGGUGUCUGGUAUUGAUCUUCUUUCAGGAGGUAUAAUUAAGUUACAAGUUUCAGAAGCUGAGAUCAAUAACACAAGCAUACGUUUCCUUGAUAGGACGUAAGAAUCUGAUAGUGUCUAUNCAAUUAAUGGCUGGUACAUGG